UGAGACAGACUCAUGUAAAGAUGCGUCGGUGGACAAUAGAGGAACAAGACACUGAACGCUUUACCGUUAUAAAUGCCGCUGGUCCAGACAGUAUACUAAUUGAUUACAGCUGCCGGAGCGGAAGAUUAACGACUUAGUUGUCAGACGCAGGACCCUGUGCGGUGUUGUGGUUUGCUUUUGUGGGCUUCGUUGCUUUUGUUUUUUCCGGUCAGAGAAGUCGUUGCUUUAGACUGCUCGUUCGCUUCAAGUUGGAAAGCCAGUGUUAGCCCGGUUAGCUAUGUAAGCUCUUCAGCUGCUGGGACCCUUCUGUACGACAUCCAUGUAUUGAUAGCCCCGAACAAACGACCCGCCGAGGCCUAUCUCAAAUCUUUAAUUUCCACGAAAACAGUGCUCAUGCGUCACUGGGAUUUAAAUAGUAUUUUCGGGGGUAUAACGGGGCACUGACGAUCUGGCAUUGCAACACUGGAGUGUCGAGGCGGAGUGAGUUAGCCGUCAUGUAUUUCCUAACGGGCUGGCCCCGGAGGCUGCUUUGUCCACUGAGGAGUGAAGAGGAGCCCUUUCACAUCCAACCCAGCUCCCACAGGUUUUACUUCGCCGUGCUCUCAGAGACGCAGCUCAGUAUCUGGUACAGUCGGCCCAGUGUUUUGAUAGUCAGCUACAUCGAGUCUGCGAAGGCAGCAACCCAGUUUGGCUUCUACCAGAAGGCAGAAUGGAAACCAGACGACUCCAUGAUAGCUGUGGCAACUGCCAAAGGCUACAUCCUCCUGUUUGAUGUGCUGGGUGGAGGGGAUGACAAGUACCUCUAUGAGCCUGUCUACCCAAAAGGAAGUCCCCGUGUCAAGAUCAACCCAGGAUAUAAAGAGGAACAAGGUGCUCCAGCUCUGUCUCUAGAGAUGAAGAAGCCUGUGGAUCUGGAGUCUCCCAUCACCAGUUUGCAGUCCCUCCAGGAAGACUUGCUGGUGUGCACUGCAGACGGCUACCUCCAUGUGCUGCACUGGGACGGACUUGGCAGCAAUGGGCGCAAAGCCAUCUGUCUCACUACAAUCCCCUUCUCACUAGACCUGCAGACUGCCCGAGGUGGUCCCUCUCUAGACCUGGAGGGUGUUUAUAUCCGCUGCAUGGAGUACGGUAUGACCCUGGAUGGCUUCGCUGUGGUGCUAAGUGACGGACGUCUGGGCUUUAUCACACCGCUUAGCAACACUAUAACUGCUGAUCAGCUGCAGGGUGUCUGGGCAGCUGACGUGACUGACGGCACCUGUGUGGCUGUCAACAACAAGUACAGGCUGAUGGCCUUUGGCUGUGCCAGUGGCUCCGUCCUGGUUUACAUGAUAGACACCACGACAGGAUCCAUGCAGCUGUCCCACAAACUGGAGCUCACCCCAAAACACUACCCAGACAUCUAUAACAAAACAGGCCCAGUCAAGCUGAUCUGCUGGUCACCUGACUACAGUGUUGCCAUGGUUACAUGGGAGUGUGGCGGCCUCUCUCUGUGGAGUGUUUUUGGAGCUCACCUCAUCUGUACUCUCGGAGAGGACUUUGCAUAUCGUUCUGAUGGUACCAAGAAGGACCCUAUUAAAAUCAGCUCUAUGAGCUGGGGAGCAGAGGGCUAUCACCUGUGGGUGCUUCCUAAUAAACCAGAGAGGAGGAGGCAGGAGGAGCAGCCACACGAUCAGGAGGUGGAGAUGGAAACACUUCCUCCAUCUCCCUCCUUCCUGCAGGCCGGCAUACUGCAGUUCCACUUCAUCAAAAGCACCCUCACAGUCAACCCGUGCACAAGUAAUCAGGAGCAGGUGUUGCUCCAUGGUGAAGACCGCCUCUACCUGACCUGCGGUGACCCCACACAGGUCCACAGCACCUGUGACACACAUCCCCACACACACUUACACCCACGUGAUGGCAGCCCACUGCAGCAUCCCCCCAAUCCAAACUCCUCUCUCUCUCAGGGACUCAGCACUUUACUGGGACACAAGCACUGGCACAUUGUCCAGAUUCACAGCACAUACCUAGAAAGUAACUGGCCCAUACGGUUUGCAGCCAUAGACACAGCAGGCCAGUACAUGGCUGUAGCAGGGAGGCGGGGCUUUGCACACUACUCCUUAUUCACAAGGAAAUGGAAACUGUUUGGAAAUAUCACUCAGGAGCAGAACAUGACUGUGACAGGAGGUCUGGCUUGGUGGAAUGAUUUUGUGGUGGUGGCCUGUUACAGUUUCAUUGACCAGCAAGAGCAGUUGAGACUCUACCUGCGGUCAUCAAACCUGGACAACGCAUUUGCCUCUGUCACGAAGCUGCACUCAGACACCCUGCUGCUGAACGUCUUCAGAGAUAUGAUCAUCCUGUUCAGAGCUGACUGCUCUAUCUGUCUCUAUAGUAUAGAGAAGAGGAACGACAGUCCAAACCCAUUGGCUUCUGUGGAGUUACUUCAGGAGGUGUCCAUGUCUCGCUAUAUCCCUCACCCAGCCCUUGUUGUUUCUGUCACACUCACAUCUGUGCGUACAGAGACCGGCAUCACAUUGAAAGCCCAGCAGCAGGCCUGCACGGCAGAGAGCAUCAUGUUAAAUCUGGCUGGCCAGUUAAUCAUGCUACAGAGGGACCGUUCAGGGCCACAGGUACGAGAGAAGGAGACCCCUGCCAACAGCAAGAAGCUGCUACCAUUUUGUCCUCCAGUGGUGCUGGCUCAGUGUGUGGAGAAUGUGUGGACCACCUGUCGCUCCAAUAGGAAGAAGCGCCACCUACUGGAGGCCCUCUGGUUAUCCUGUGGCGAGGCAGGCAUGAAAGUGUGGCUGCCGCUGUUUCCCAGAGACCACCGCAAGCCACACUCCUUCCUGUCCAGACGCAUCAUGCUGCCCUUCCACAUUAACAUCUACCCACUUGCUGUGCUGUUUGAGGAUGCCCUGGUGCUGGGGGCCACUAAUGAGACUGUGCUGUACGAUGGGCUGCAGGGUUCCUCUGAGCCACUGGAAGCACUGUUUCCCUACUGCACUGUGGAGAGGACCUCCCAGAUUUACCUCCACCACAUCCUGAGGCAGCUGCUGGUUCGCAACCUGGGUGAACAGGCUCUGAUGCUAGCUCAGUCGUGUGCGUCUCUCCCCUACUUCCCCCACGUCAUGGAACUGAUGGUUCAUGUGGUGCUGGAAGAAGAAGCUACAUCACGGGAGCCCAUCCCAGACCCUCUGCUGCCCACUGUGGCCAAGUUCAUCACUGAGUUCCCUCUGUUUCUCCAAACCAUCGUUCACUGUGCCAGGAAGACUGAGUAUGCCCUGUGGAACUACCUGUUUGCAGCAGUGGGAAACCCCAAGGAUCUGUUUGAGGAGUGUCUCAUGGCUCAAGAUCUAGACACAGCUGCUUCCUAUCUGAUCAUACUGCAGAACAUGGAGGUACCAGCGGUGAGCAGACAACAUGCCACUCUACUCUUUAACACAGCUCUUGAACAGGGCAAGUGGGACCUCUGCCGGCACAUGAUCCGAUUCCUCAAAGCCAUCGGCUCUGGGGAGAUGGAGACUCCACCCCCAACUCCUUCCACUCAGGAACCCAGCUCAACCGGGGGUUUUGAGUUCUUUAGACAUCGGAGUAUCAGUUUGUCUCAGUCUGCAGACUCCAUUGCUGUGGGCAAGUUCAAUCUGCAAAAGACAUUAAGUAUGCCCACUGGACCCUCUGUUAAAGGUCGGGAUGUGGAGUGUGCAGAGAACAUGUAUAUUGACAUGAUGCUUUGGCGUCAUGCCCGUCACCUGCUGGAGCAGGUACGCCUUCGUGACCUGGGAUGCUUCUCUGCUCAGCUGGGCUUUGAGCUCAUUGGUUGGCUGUGUCGCGAACGAAACCGUGUGGCCCGGGUUGACGACUUCGUUUCAGCAUUAAAAAAACUCCAUAAAGACUUCCUCUGGCCUUUCCCAGUUAUCCCUGUGGGAAGCCUCAGCUCACCACUGAGGAAUGGAAGGUGUCGCACAGUACUCAGCACUCGGCUAUUGAAGUCGCAGUCUGCUGACAGCUUGUUGAAUAGUGACAUGGACACGGCGCCCCCUCAGGCCACUCCCAGCAACCACAUCUGGCUUGACGGGAUUGGGCAGAGGAGCAAAGACAUGGACACAGCCUCAUCCGCUCCCUCCAACCAAAACUCACCACAGACAUAUGACGCCUUCCUGUCAUUACUCACUAAUAAAGUGGAGGAGUACAGUAUUGGCUCAGCUACAGACCUGACUGAGACCAGCUCAGUGGUAGACGGUGACUGGACAAUGGUGGACGAAAACUCCUCCACUUUGAGCCUGAGUCAGGCUGAGCUGGAGCACAUCUCCAUGGAAUUAGCCAAUAAAGGUCCACACAAGUCCCAGGUGCAGCUCAGGUACCUCCUCCACAUUUUCAUGGAGGCAGGCUGUCUGGAGUGGUGCGUAGUCAUUGGUUUGAUUCUGCGGGAUGCCAGUGUCAUCAAGCAGGUGAUCAGCUUCCUGGACAGCCCUGAAGUUCCUCCAGAAACAGUGCAGAGUGUCCAGAACGGCCUACUGGCUGUUGAUGCAUGGGCUUCUACUGACUGCCAGGGAUACAAACCGUUUCUGAACCUGAUCCAGCCACAGCUGCAGCAGCUCAUGGAGUCAACAGCUGAGCAGGUGCAGCCCGAGGCCUUCCAGCCCAUCAGUCCCAACUCCAAGCUGGGUGGCUCAGAGGGGCUGGGGGGCACUCCGUUGACGCGGCCCGAGGACAGUAGAGGAGUGGUGUCUCCACUGGGCCUGGCCCUGCCUUCCCUGGAACCUGCGGGAGGGUUUUCCCGACCUCCAUCUGAGGACUGUCCAGCUGAACAGACAGAGGAGCAGGGAGAGGAGGAGGGGGCUUACGACUGCACCUUGUCCUGAACUGUCCUGGACCCUCUACAGAAGCAGAUGCUGACUGGAAAUGUACUUUAUUUUAGUGUGUGUGUGUGUGUGUGUGUGUGUGUGUGUGUGUGUGUGUGCACAGAAAGUACCUUUCCUGCAGGUUGUUACUUCAGUCAGUAUUAGCCACUCUUGUGUUGACUAUAGAGACCUGUGGUCACAGAGGGAUAAACCACAGCACAACCAGCAGCAGGCUGCAGUGCCAUUCAUUCAUAUGUCUGUGUCUACAUGUUCUUCUGGAGACAAAGGUUUGGACUUCUUCACAUCUGGCUGUAGUUUCAAAUGUCUUUGGCAAAUUCAGCUGGAUGUAGGGCCAGGCAAUAUGGCUUAAAGGUCCAAAUCAGGUAUCAAUAAUCAUCGUGAUAAAUGUGAAGUGUCAUUAUUUCUUUUAAGUUGAAAGAGUAAUUUUUGAGCCUGAAUGAAACCCAGAGUUAUUCAGUGGUUUUAAAUGAUUUGUAAAACACAAAGCAACACUGAAAAUAAAAAAUGCAGUGCGACAAAACAAUAUAAGAGACAUAUCAAGAUGAAAACAACAUGAAUGAAGUAACAAAAAAAAACAUGAGGCAAAAAUGUUGUAAGACGUAUCAAGAAAAACAAUGAAAAAGGCAGCAUAAAACAGCAAACAAGCCAAAAUCAAUGUAAAAGAUAAAAAAAACCAUGUGAAAGUACACUGUAGUCCCUCUACUUGUUCUUCACAAGAUGCGAGCACUUUUUCUGUCCUCAGUCCAGAUCACUGUCGACACGUCCUCUGGUUAAAAACAUCUGAUCAUGGCAUCAUGCUACGUCUCAAAGUUAAAUGUUAAAAAAAGCUCUAGUCAUGAACCAUCCACAAGAUUGCAGGAUGUGCUGCGGUGUGUCACACAAGGUGUUUCAUAUUUUCAUACCUCACAAUUUAAAACUUUUUUGUGAUAACCUUUUUUCAGUUACGGUGUACAAGAUAAUUUUUCUCAGUGAUACUGUGUCCGUCUCGAGUCUGAGCCAGUCACUUACCAGACGUCCAGACAGACUGAGCAGAUCAGAGAUGAACUGGACAGAUUUAGAGGCUGCAGUGCAGUGACAGGGUUUCAAACAAAAGGACACUUGCAACAAAAAAAACUUUAGGAUGAUUUACGCAGCUUUUUAACACAGCUUCAUUUUGAGAGCUCUGACAUGAGAGCCACAGGUGUGUGUUAGCCAUCCAACAAUGGAAACAUGUUAUCUUUUCUUAUUGCUACUUUCUCAUUGAUCAAUAUGAAAGUAUCACUUUAAAUUGUGAAUGAACCUGAUGUCAUCCUGGCCUUGGCUGUGCUUCGAUCGUCCACUCCCGCAUUCCCAGUCAGUCUCCCUGUAACAUAAGUAUCACAAUGCUACAGAUGACAGAAUUUCACCAUUUGUGUGUGAAUCUAACACAUUAUAUUGUGUCCAUGUGUGUGUUGAGAUUUCAUCCCACAGAGCUCAUUUUAUUGUAUUGCUUAUCUUAUUUAUUGACCUGCUCUAGCUGAGUGCUCCUUUCUGAGUGGUGACAUGCUCCCCUGCUUUAGUUAAUCCAACGUGUGUAUUGGCUCCAAGCACUAAAAGGUGUAUCACAUAUAUGUCAGUAUUAUAUUGUGCAAUGUAUUGAAAUGUUACUCAGCUUUAUUUUUGUGUUGCUCAGUUUUUACCACUUUAUGUUUGUUUUUCUUCCCCUGAUCUGAUUUGCUUGCUUUUACUUUUCCUCAUAGACCAAAUUCUAUUUUCUAAAUGAAUUGUUCAUUUGUCUGUUUGUACAAGAUGAGCUCAGUGUUGGUACAGAUGAAAUUAUUUAGAUUUUUUUUAAUGAAUUGUCUGUAUUGUUUGAGUACUUGCUACUCAAGAAAGGGCAAAAAAGAAACCAAGCCCAGGGCCCUGUGUUGCUGUGGGUUCAUGUACCGGUGGCGACUCAGAACGAGCCUACAGCUCCACUACGCUGCUCCGCUGUAAGCUUUACUUGACUUGAAAAUAAUUUGAACUUUGACAAAACCAAAGACUUUUUCGUCCAGAGGCCUUGUGUUUUGCUUUGACCGAGCGCUUGAGUCCUUAUGCAGAGGGAGCAAAACCUCACACACACACACACUCUGUCACACUCUUCUCAGCAAAACAACCAUUGAAGCUUCAAACUGGUGAUGGCGCGUAAGACAAUUUCCUACGGAAAUGUAUCUUUUUCUGUUAGUUCUUCUUUGUAUGUGAGCAGGCCAGUGUGUCCCAUCCUCAUGUACAAUUUUAAAGUAUCGCCUUUUCCAUGACUCACAGGAGCAAGCAGACAUCCUCAAUGCAGUGUAAAGAUAUUCUCUUGUACAAUUGUCUUUUCUACUUAUGUGUGGUUUUUCUACUCAUUUUUUUCCCUUGUACAUAAAAGAUCAAUAAAUUAUUUUUAAAAAUGA